CGAGGUUCGCGCACGCCUCCCCGCGGGUCCCCAAGCCCUGGAGAACGCCGCGCACCGCCGGCUCCGCUCCGAGGAGUAGGGGGAGCGCCCCCGGCCGCGCACCGCGAGCUCCGCCCGCACCGCCCGCGGGCCCCCGCCACCCGCCACCAUGACUUCCAGUAAGAUCGAGAUGCCCGGCGCGGUGAAGGCCGACCCCGCCGCGCUCAUGGCGUCCCUGCACCUCCUGCCGUCGCCCACCCCCAACCUGGAAAUCAAGUACACCAAGAUUUUUAUUAACAACGAGUGGCAAAACUCAGAGAGUGGGAGAGUAUUCCCUGUCUAUAAUCCAGCCACUGGAGAAGAGGUGUGUGAAGUACAAGAAGCAGACAAGGCAGAUAUCGACAAAGCAGUUCAGGCAGCCCGCCUGGCUUUCUCCCUUGGCUCUGUAUGGAGAAGGAUGGAUGCUUCAGAGAGAGGCUGUCUGCUGGAUAAGCUCGCAGACUUGGUGGAGCGAGACAGGGCAGUUCUGGCAACCAUGGAAUCACUAAAUGGUGGAAAACCAUUUCUGCAAGCUUUUUAUGUGGAUUUACAGGGGGUCAUCAAAACGCUGCGGUAUUAUGCAGGCUGGGCAGAUAAAAUCCACGGAAUGACCAUUCCUGUAGAUGGAGACUAUUUUACCUUCACAAGACACGAACCCAUUGGAGUAUGUGGACAGAUCAUCCCAUGGAACUUCCCCCUGCUGAUGUUUGCCUGGAAAAUUGCUCCAGCUCUGUGUUGUGGCAAUACAGUAGUUAUUAAACCAGCAGAACAAACACCUCUCAGUGCCCUCUACAUGGGAGCCCUCAUCAAGGAGGCUGGAUUUCCGCCAGGAGUCAUCAAUAUUUUGCCAGGAUAUGGGCCAACGGCUGGGGCAGCAAUUGCUUCUCACACUGGCAUUGACAAGAUUGCAUUCACAGGGUCUACUGAGGUUGGGAAACUUAUCCAGGAAGCAGCUGGGAGAAGUAAUUUGAAGCGAGUGACCCUGGAACUUGGAGGGAAAAGUCCCAAUAUUAUUUUUGCUGAUGCCGAUUUGGACUAUGCAGUGGAGCAGGCCCACCAGGGUGUGUUCUUCAACCAAGGCCAGUGCUGCACUGCUGGCUCCCGCAUCUUUGUUGAGGAAUCCAUCUAUGAAGAGUUUGUGAGAAGGAGUGUGGAACGGGCCAAGAGACGCAUAGUGGGGAGUCCCUUCGACCCCACCACUGAGCAGGGACCCCAGAUUGAUAAGAAACAAUAUAAUAAGAUCCUGGAACUCAUCCAGAGUGGAGUGGCUGAAGGGGCCAAGCUGGAGUGUGGAGGCAAAGGGCUGGGGAGAAAGGGAUUCUUCAUUGAGCCCACAGUGUUCUCCAAUGUCACCGAUGACAUGCGGAUUGCCAAAGAGGAGAUCUUUGGUCCUGUUCAGGAAAUUCUGAGAUUUAAGACUAUGGAUGAAGUUAUUGAAAGAGCCAAUAACUCAGAGUUUGGCCUCGUUGCGGCUGUCUUUACUAAUGAUAUCAACAAGGCCCUCACAGUGUCCUCUGCAAUGCAAGCUGGAACUGUUUGGAUCAAUUGUUACAAUGCCUUAAAUGCCCAGAGCCCCUUUGGGGGAUUCAAGAUGUCUGGAAAUGGAAGAGAAAUGGGUGAGUUCGGUUUGCGGGAGUACUCUGAAAUCAAGACGGUGACAGUCAAGAUCCCCCAGAAGAACUCCUAAGAAGACAGGUGGAGGCCAGCCUGCCCAGCUCUCCUCUGCUUCCCCUGGGGGCCAGCUCUCAGGAAUCCAAAGCUGACGCUCACUCCUUGUUUAAAGAUUUUGCUGAUAGUGUGUAGGCCAGGCUGGUCACUGUAACUAACGCAGACCAGCCGGCCUGUUCUUGGCACUCUGUAAAGGGAACACCUUAGAGAUGCCAAGUGUUGGGGGUUGCAGGGUGAAGGGAGGUGAACUGGUCUCAGUCAUGUCCAGGGUCUCUUGUAUCCAUGGCCAAGUAGGGGAGCUGUGUGACUUGACAUGUUCCCUUCUCUCGCUGGAGGAAAGGGAGCCUGGCCAUUGUCUAUAGUCCCCCACUCGCUGCUUUCAGUUCUGCUUACACUGUCGCCCUCCUGCUUCUCCGAGGAGAUCUGAACUGAGCUCACUGGGGGCAGAUGUUUGGGCCGGGAACAAUUUUCCAAGGUUUUGCAGCCAAAUUACCGUUUCAUGUUAUCCGUUUCUUCAAAGCAAAACACGCAAUGGUUUUAGUUUGAGCCAGAGCAGACUGGGAAGGCCAGGGUCUGGUACACACUGCAGAUGCACGGUGAGGAGACCGAGGCUCAGGAGCCUCCUGGCCUGGCCUGUCUUUCUUAACAUCCAUAUGUAGCACCAGAAGAGAGGAGAUAAAAUUCCAAAUCAUCUUGUGGGGUUCACAGCUUCUAAACACACUGCCUGGGCCCAUAUGUGUGCACUCAGGUGCCCAGGGGUACAUUGAAUUCUUUCUCGGUGGUUCUGGAAUUAGACAGAGAUUGGGUUGUUGUGUUUUCAUACACCAAUAAGGUCUUUUCCAAAGCUUAUCUUUAAAGUCAACCCCAAACAUAACAAAAACCAACCUCAGUAAUCUCCAGGAUUUAGAAAAAAUAUAAUUCUGGGUGCCUUGCAGAAAUAUUUCCACUUCUGAUACUGCUGACCAUUAUUAUUAUGCAAUUAUUUCUGCAGAUGAAAUCUGUGGUGACUUUGGGUCCCAACCCUCACUGUUCUAGCACCUGCUGUUCAGUGUCCCCAGCAUGGCCUUGGCCCAUCAUGUCCUAAUGCCCCCUACACCCACUGGCAGCUGAUUAAAGCCUGGCCAGUUCUGGAAGUUCCCCUUUCACAGAGUUCUCGCUUGGGACAGUUGCCAUGUUCCCCCACAAGUUUCUCCAUCAAACAGGGAGGCCCUGUCCCCACCCACUGUUGCCUCUCAGCCUGCCCAGGUGAGGCAGGAAGCAGCCCUCCUCCCAGCCCUCCCCUCUUCCGCUUCCCCAGGACUCCACUAACCUGGUGUGGGUAGUGCCAGCCUCCUCUCCUUCCUUCUCUCCACCUGCUACAUCUAAUCCAGUCUCACUAUAACCUAGAUGAAGAUCACUUAUUUAAAAGUACCAAAUGUAACCUAGAGUAUAUGAAAUGUGGACAACACAUAUGUAGCCUGGUGUAUUUAACAGUUUUCUGCUUUCUAUCCAUAUCAGUUUUCUAUUUAUAAUCCUUACCUACUCAUGAUUAAAGAAAUCUCUACUUGCUGUUACAUGCAGAAGACUGUGUAUUCAGUGGCCCCUGGCCUCGAGAGUCACCACAGUUCUGAGUUCUCCAUGUAAAUGUCAUGCUCUCUUCCUGUAGUGUUUGUCCAAGUGAACAUACCCAUUAACCAGCUAGUUACCUUUGAACUGCAAUAUAGAAUGUGAAAAUGAAGAUUUAUUUCUUUCAAUUUACUUAAAAAAAACUUCUGUGCUAGCAAUAAAGCAUUUAUAU